UCUGAUGGUCUUAUAAUACAUCCAUGCUUAUACCCUAACAUUAACCAACCGACGUGUGUCGCGAGCGUGGUCUCUUGGGUUGAUCUCUGUGUUUUCCUUCACCAGAGACAAGGCUGAAUUCAUCACGUCUUCUUCGGCAAAUCCACAAACACGGACUAAUGGACGCUGAAGCUCUUGUUCGAGCCAAGCUUCCUGGUGACCUGGUGAAGGUUCUUGGUGUUGAGUCUCAGAGCAGCUCUAAGGCUGAGGCCUUCACCCAGGCCUUCCUGAAGAGCAGCAUCCAGCACCACACACGUCAUGACCUGAAGACCAUGCUGAGCCACAAGGCUGUGGUCCUGGGCUACUCCAGGCCCAAGAAGGACAAGGUGAAGAGGAGCAGCAAGAAAGCUAAAGGCCUGAAUGCUUGCCAGAAGAGGGCGCUGAAGAUCUUCCAGAUCAAGCCUGAGCACCAGAGAUACAAGCUCUUCCUGUCUCUGCAUGAACUCUGGAGACAGUACAUCAUUGACCUUUGCGGUGGCCUGAAACCAACAUGCAGUCCACAGUUUGUGCAGCAGAAGCUUCUGAAGGCCGACUUCCACGGAGCCAUCAUCACAGUGGUCCGCUCUAAAUGUCCGUCAUAUGUGGGGACUACAGGGAUUCUGAUCCAGGAGUUCAAACAUGUCUUCAAAAUCAUCACCGAGGAGGACAGACUGAAAGUGAUCCCGAAGAGAAGUAGUGUGUUUGCUGUGGAGAUCAACGGCUUCGUUUCUCACAUCUAUGGAAACAGGUUCGAGCAGCGAGCCAGCGAGCGCUCUGCCAAGAAGUUCAAAGUGAGAGGAACCAUCGACUUGUGACGGCACCGACUGUUACCACACAGCAACAGGAGGGACACUUAGCACUCUGACUGCUACUGCUGCUGCCCUCCACUUGCCUUCCAGUUUUUCCAGUCUUUUUUGGAAGACUGAUUCAGCAGAGGCGGGGCUAUCCUGACUUUAAGUCUUUUAGACUUUGCAUACACGGAGCUGCUGCUCCUGUGGGUCUUUGUAGAAAAACUGAGACAGGGUUUGGCUGCUGGUGUGUUGUGGUUGAAAAGCAGUUGGAGUGUCUGACAGCUGCUGCCUUUACAUGAACAGUGUGAUUCUGAUCUGUUGUCAGAUAUUAUCUGUCUGUUAGAAGGCUGUGAACAUCCAUUCUGUCUUUUACGGAUGAGGCGGAUGAGGCUCGCCGGACUGAAAGCUAAACAAACAUGUUUUUAGUUGAUGUUUCUGGAUUUCAAGACAAAAGAAAAAAUACUGACUUUGAAGAGUUCAUGUAAUUUUACUACAUUAGAAUAAGUUUGGAUUUGGGUUUUGAAAACAUUGUUUAUAUUCUUAAAGAUAAGUAUCAUUUUUGUAUCAGUAACAUAACAUCUCAUCUAUCUAUCUCAUCAGCUUUUAAUUUCAGACAACACACAGCCCUAGGUAAAAGACACCAGUGAACCAGUAACAGUACUCAGUGGUGGAGUGAAAAAAUGAUUGAUUUAUUUAGUAGAUUUUAUUUAGUUCACAGAAGAAGGAACUGUCAUCUGAUCAUUGAGUUAAGAUUUUAGUAUUUAUAAAAAACUUUUGUUCAGCUGAUUUAGUUUCUAAAGUGAUGUGUGAGGACAGAGUAAACAUUUGUUGUAACCUUGUCUCUUCCUGUCUGUGGGAAACAUGAUGCACGACUUCCUUUUAACAGAACGUGUUGAAUGUGUUGGUGCAUGUGAACUCUUUCUGAUUGGACACAUUCAGCAUUGUUUAUGAGUAACAACACUUGGUCUGCCUGCUCUGUUGAAUGUCUCCUGCUGAUGAGUCUCUCACACUCUUACUCUCCUGUAUGAGUCAUGUGACGAGAGGUCGUUUGAAAAUGUAUCAUCUGCAGGUGUCUGUGAUGGUGCUGAUCCAAAAACCUGCUUUAAUCUCAUGGUAUAACUUCAGAGCUGGUCAGUAACUCACAUUUAAGAUGAAUUUCAGAAAGCCUCAUGAUGGUAUGAGGAAACUGGCCUCAUUGAGUAACAUGAUGUAGAACAGUGAGGAAGUCUGUGGUCAUAUGAGGGAUGAUGUGACCAUAUUUCACUUUAACCACUUUAAGGUUGAAACAGCUCACACCUUUUCUUUCUAAGUUGCACAAUAGUGUUUUGACGUCACAGCAGGAGAAGAACAAAACACCUAAGCCAAAAUGUCUGCUGGGAAAAUUUUAUUUAAUCUAAAUUCUGUCCUCAAUGCACUCAUUUAGUUUUCUGCCAUUUGUCCUGUGAUGUUAAUAAAGUAACUGAUCUUCUCCAGCUGUGCACAUCCUCAGCUCUCUGGGAUGUUUUAGCCUCUUUUAGUUCCUUAGCUUUAGCUCUUUACUAUUAUUCACUCCACAUUUAUCUCAUGUUUUUUUCAGCAGCAGUGCUCAGCUCUUUUUAAGUGUCUGUUCACCACCUGCUCAUCAACAAACAGCAGCUGAACAAGGUCAGCAGCUAGCAGCUAGCAUCCAGCUGCUCAGGACCUGGGGAAGACAAGCCAGUUAAUAGCAGAGUAAAUAUUAAACUGCCACUCACCAAGUGUCUGUAAACAAAAAUCACUUCCUGUUUGCUGGUGCACUAAAUUAACUUCGGGUUAGAUACAGUUAGACCAGCCUACCAACCAGCCUCUGUGAGUACCUGCUUCAGGUAGGACAGCUCAUAGGCAGAGGAGAAAGAAGGUGAAAAUAUAUUUGUAAAAAAAGAGUUGUCUUUAUUUAUAGUUGACUUUAAUUUCAGGGCCCAAACUGUCUUGGCCUCUUCUUGUUAAUCAGGGGGACCCAGGACCCCAACAUGUGCACAGCCUUGAAAUAUAGUUUGUGGGGCGUCGAGUAGCUCAGUUGGUUGAGCAUCCGCCCGAUGUGCAGAGGCUAAGGUCCUCGCUGCAGUCGGCCCUGGUUCGAGUCCUGAAUCGGACGGCCCUUUGCUGCAUGUCAUUCCCCCUCUCUCU